UCUCUCUCUCUCUCGUGUUCUUACUUUAAUGUCCGAUCACUGGCAACGCGUUGAGCAAUUAAUGUUCUCUCCAUUUCCCAUCCCUGUCUGCUCUGUUUUCGCUGUGUCAUUUUGCUUGUAGCGUUUCUUUUUCUUGCCCUUUCGCGUACACACACACACGCGCUCUUAUUCCUGAAGGAUUCUAGAGCGGAAACCCCGAAAAGGAGAAAAAGAGAGAGAAAAAUCUACCUUUUUAUCGGGUUUUCCCUUUGUCUUGAGCAUCUUUGGGUACUUGCAGCUGUUUCGAGGAAUGAGAAAGGGAAGGCGAGUGAUUGAUUUGGAUAGGCCUUGAAAGCUCUGGUCUUUGGAGGAAAGAAGGGUUUUUGAUCGGCGCAGGGAGAGAUGGAUACCGGGCGCCGCCUUGUAGCCGGUUCGCGUAACCGCAACGAGUUCGUGGUCAUCAAUGCUGAUGAUUUUGAGCGGCCCAAAUUCGCCCAAGUUUCCAGUAGGCAGAUCUGCCAGAUUUGUGGAGACGAUAUCGAAGUAUUGGUCGAAGAGGAAUUCUUCGUUGCCUGCAAUGAAUGCGCUUUCCCUGUAUGUAGGACUUGCUACGAGUAUGAGAGGAGGGAAGGGACUCAGGCCUGCCCACAGUGCAAGACCCGGUACAAGCGCCACAAAGGUAGUCCUAGGGUAGAGGGUGAUGAGGAAGAAGAUGGUGAUGAUGAUCUGGAGAAAGAAUUUAAUUUUGGCAAUUUUGACUCGAACGAGACGCUGAACGAUCCUCUGACAAAUCUUGAACGACCGUGUGGUGUAGGACAGAGCUCUCUCAGUGGGCUAGGCACUUCUAACCCCAUUGUGCAAAGUAAUGGCACCAAUAUCCUACUUCUGACUGAUGCUGAAGAGGUCGAUGGAAUUUCUCCUGAUCACCAUGCUCUCAUAGUCCUUCCAUAUCUGGGAUUUAGAGGACAAAUUAUUCCCAGUAAUGCUACACAAACAUCUGCCUCUACACAACAUAGAGCUAUCAAUCCCAACAAAGACAUAUCAGUAUAUGGCUAUGGAACUGUUGCUUGGAAGGAUAGAAUUGAUGAGUGGAAGAGAAAGCAAUUAAACAAGUGUCAGCACCUUCAGCAUGAAGGGUGGGAUGGUAAUGGCUUUGAUGGAUACGGGAAAGAAAACGAUGAAUUUCCUAUGUCUGAUGAGAGCAGGCAACCAUUGUCGAGAAAGCUACCCAUUGCUUCCAGUAAGAUAAGCCCGUACCGGAUAAUAAUUUUGUUGAGGCUCAUCAUUCUUGGUUUCUUCUUCCAUUAUAGACUUCUGAACCCAGUUCUGGAUGCCUAUGGAUUGUGGCUGACAUCUGUUAUAUGUGAAAUCUGGUUUGCCAUUUCAUGGAUUUUGGAUCAAUUUCCGAAAUGGUAUCCUAUAGAACGAGAGACCUACUUGGAUCGUCUAUCAUUGAGGUAUGAGAAAGAAGGGAAACCAUCUGAGUUAGCAGAUGUUGAUAUCUUUGUUAGCACUGUUGAUCCUAUGAAAGAACCUCCACUUAUCACUGCAAAUACAGUUUUAUCUAUACUUGCCGUGGAUUAUCCUGUUGCUAAAGUUUCAUGUUAUGUAUCUGAUGAUGGUGCUGCAAUGCUUACAUUUGAAGCACUUUCAGAAACCUCUGAAUUUGCCAAAAAGUGGGUUCCAUUUUGCAAAAAGUUCAACAUUGAACCUCGUGCUCCUGAAUGGUACUUCGCUCAGAAAAUUGACUAUUUGAAGGACAAAUUUCAUCCAGAUUUUGUGAGGGAACGACGUGCUAUAAAGAGAGAAUAUGAGGAGUUUAAGGUUCGUAUCAAUGCAUUAGUUUCCAUGGCACAAAAGGUUCCUGAAGAAGGCUGGACAAUGCAGGAUGGAACUCCAUGGCCUGGAAACAAUGUCCGAGACCAUCCAGGAAUGAUUCAGGUCUUUUUGGGUCAUGAUGGCGUGCUUGAUGAGGAAGGAAACAAUUUACCACGUCUAGUAUAUGUUUCUCGAGAGAAAAGACCAGGAUACAAUCACCACAAAAAAGCUGGUGCCAUGAAUGCUCUGGUGCGUGUUUCAGCAGUUAUCUCCAAUGCUCCUUACAUCUUGAAUGUGGAUUGUGAUCACUAUAUUAACAAUAGCAAAGCCCUUAGAGAAGCUAUGUGUUUCUUGAUGGAUCCUAUCUCAGGAAAGAAAGUUUGUUAUGUUCAAUUCCCACAGAGAUUUGAUGGAAUUGAUCGGCAUGAUCGAUAUUCAAAUCGCAAUGUUGUUUUCUUUGAUAUCAAUAUGAAAGGUCUUGAUGGGAUCCAGGGACCAAUUUAUGUUGGUACUGGAUGCGUUUUCAGAAGGCAAGCACUCUAUGGAUUUGAUGCUCCCAUUGAAGAGAAACCUCCAGGAAAAACCUGCAAUUGUUGGCCAAAGUGGUGCUUCUUUUGUGGUGGAUCUAAAAGAAAAAAUAGCAAAAGCAAUCAUAAGCAGGAGGAGGAGACGAAGAAGAAGAGGGUGAAGCACAGAGAGGCAUCCACUCAAGUGCAUGCACUCGAUAUAUUUGAAGAACACAGAGGACAAGAAAGUGAAAACUCUUUCUUGGUGCCUCGGGAAAAGCUUGAGAAGAAGUUUGGCCAAUCACCUGUUUUUGUGGCAUCCACACUCCAAGAGAAUGGCGGGACUGCUAGAGGUGUUGGUUUUGCUUCAUGCCUUAGUGAGGCCAUGCAUGUCAUUAGCUGUGGUUAUGAAGAUAAAACCGACUGGGGAAAAGAGGUUGGCUGGAUAUAUGGAUCGGUCACAGAGGAUAUUCUGACAGGCUUUAAGAUGCAUUGUCAUGGUUGGCGGUCUGUUUACUGCAUACCUAAAAGACCAGCAUUUAAAGGAUCAGCUCCUAUCAACCUUUCUGAUCGUCUUCAUCAAGUCUUAAGAUGGGCUCUUGGAUCUGUUGAAAUUUUUCUUAGCAAGCAUUGCCCUAUAUGGUAUGGCUAUAGAGGUGGUUUGAAGUGGUUGGAAAGAUUUUCCUACAUAAACUCGGUUGUCUAUCCGUGGACGUCUAUUCCUUUGGUUGCUUAUUGUACUUUGCCAGCUAUUUGUCUCCUCACAGGGAAGUUUAUUGUGCCUGAGAUUAGCAGCUAUGCAAGCAUAGUCUUCAUGGCUCUCUUUGUAUCCAUAGCUGCAACCAGCAUCCUUGAGAUGCAAUGGGGAGGUGUGACCAUCGAUGACUGGUGGAGGAACGAGCAGUUCUGGGUGAUUGGUGGUGUUUCAUCACACCUCUUUGCACUCUUUCAGGGUCUCCUCAAGGUUCUAGCUGGUGUCGAGACAAACUUCACAGUCACUUCCAAAGGAGCGGAUGAUGGCGAAUUCUCGGAGCUUUAUCUCUUCAAAUGGACCUCAUUGCUGAUUCCUCCAAUGACACUGCUUAUUCUCAACAUCAUUGGCGUCGUAGCUGGAAUCUCUAACGCCAUUACCAAUGGUUAUGAAUCAUGGGGCCCGUUGUUUGGUAAGCUCUUCUUUGCCAUUUGGGUCAUAAUGCAUCUGUACCCAUUCCUCAAGGGAAUCGUGGGGAAGCAGGAUCGAUUGCCGACGAUCAUCAUCGUCUGGUCCAUACUUCUCGCAUCUAUUUGUUCGCUUUUGUGGGUUCGAGUGAACCCGUUCAUAGGUAAAUACGAUGGUCCUGUACUAGAAGUCUGUGGCUUAGAUUGUAACUGAUAUUUGCGUGCAUUUUUUCGGACGUCUUUGUGCUUGGGAUUUGGAUGUCAAUUUCCAUGGUGAGUGAUUGAUGAGUAAGAAUGAGUUUAGAGAACAAAAAAAACAAAAGAAAGAAAAGGAAAGAAAAGAACAGAAGACGGUUGGUUUGUGUAGAUAGAGUCACAUUGUUAUCUCUAAUUUCUACUUCUUUUUUUCAUUCUUUUUCAAUACUUCAUGGUUGUUCAACUGAUUGAUCUGACGGCAUGUAAUCCUCAACAAAAUAUUGUCUAGUUUUUUUGGUGUUCAA